CUCUUACAAUUAAGCAAAGAUCUCAAGGGUCCGUUCUGCACAACAAAGGCACAAACUGAAAUGCAAAGUGCAGAAGGUUUCUCUCUGCAAAGUGUUUGCGUUGACUGAAGAAUACUGAACACGUUGUCAGAAAAACGGUGAAAGUAGUUGGUCUAUCUAUAAAGAUUAUAGUUUCUAUGAUCAUUGGUAAAUCCGAAUGCGUUGUUUAUGACGUUCUGGCGUGGUGACAGUUGCGAAAACCUUUUAGUGAGCUAAAUUUCGACGAUAUUUUCUGUUAUACCAGUUGGAUCGAUUAAUUUAUUCUGUUACGACGAUUGGCGGGGAAAAAUGAGUUUCCCAGACAACCAGGACGACAUGUCAAAAGACGAGUGGGUUGCCAAACUCGAGGAUGGGUCCCACAUACAACGUGUUUCCAUGAAUAACCUAAUAAUGAAUUACCUUGUCACAGAAGGCUUCAAAGAAGCAGCGGAAAAGUUUCAACAAGAAUCUGGAGUCGGGCCGACGGUUGAACUAAAUUCUUUGGAUGAUAGAAUUCGUAUUAGAGAUGCUAUCCAAAAUGGCCGAAUUCAAGAAGCCACUGAUCUGGUCAAUCAGCUACAUCCAGAGCUUCUGGAUAAUGACAGAUAUCUUUAUUUCCACCUGCAGCAACUUCACCUUAUAGAAUUGAUACGUACUGGCCGAAUCGAAGAGGCUCUCCAGUUUGCUCAAGAACAGUUGAGCGAAGCUGGGGAAUCUGAUGACAAUAUAUUAAGUGAGCUGGAACGUACCUUGGCUUUGCUAGCAUUCGAUGAACCACACAAAAGUCCCUUCAGUGAUCUUCUGCACCCAACGCACAGACAGAAGUAUAUGUUGCAGAUUGCAAGCGAGCUGAAUGCCGCCAUCUUAAAAAUGGAACACCGCGAGACUACCAGCCCUAGACUAAAUAAUUUAUUAAAAAUGAUACUUUGGGCUCAGGAUGAGCUGGAUACCAAGAAAGUGAAGUAUCCCAAAAUGACAGAUUUGGGUAGUGCCACAAUCGAAAAUCCAAAGUAGUAUUAAUUAAGUAAAAUGAUGUUAUAAGAGAUGUCAGAAUUCAGAAAUUUAUUUAUAGGAAUAUCCUUGGUAAUGUGAUUAAAUUAAGUCUUAAAAUAAAUGUUUAUCUUGUA